AUGUACAACUAUAAAUUUUUGGGGUUAAAUAAGACUGGGGCUGUGUCUCUUUCACGGGCACGUAACAGGACGAACAUGAGCAAGAGCGAGAUGUCCACUGAAUGUGGAUCCACCGGAGAGGAGACCAACAACCUGGUCGGCGGUCACGGCAGGCCGAACGGCGUGAACUCAGACAGCAGAGGACCAGCUGAGCUCUCAGCUGUUCAGCUGAACUGCGAGCUGGUGCGUGAGCCUGACCUUGACCUUGAGCACGAGUAUGACUUUGAGCUUGAGCACGGUUUGUCCUCGUCUUCCCAGAUGAACAUGCAUGGUGUUUUCCUUAUUGUUAUGUGUGACGCGCUUGGCUCUGUAAUUGUCAUGGUCAGCGCCAUCAUCUACACCUUUGUGUGGCGUCCAUGUGAGCCGGACCUUCCCUGCAACAACACGUGCAUUGCCAACACACACUGCAGUGACCAAUAUCAUCCUAGCCACACACUGGGCUUUGGUGAUGCAGAACACAACAACACAAACACCAUGUCCAACAUAGCGGGGCCGUGCUGGGUGCUGUACCUGGAUCCGACUCUGUGCCUCAUCAUGGUCUGCAUUGUACUGUACACGACGUACCCGCUCCUGAAGAAGUCCGCCCUCAUCCUGCUGCAGACUGUUCCCAAGCAGAUCGACGUGAGCCUCCUAAGUGCUCGCCUGCGGCAGAUCGAAGGUGUUCUGGCUGUGCACGAGCUCCACAUCUGGCAGCUUGCCGGAAGUCGCAUCAUUGCCACAGCACACAUCAAAUGCCAAAACCAUGCCUCCUACAUGAGCGUGGCAAAUCGCGUGAAGGCCUUCUUUCAUAAUGAAGGCAUCCACGCCACCACCAUCCAGCCUGAGUAUGUCAUGUUGAGCUCUGAGUCACACGACUCGUUCUGUGAGCUCUCCUGCAGCACACAGUGUGCUGCUAAGGUCUGCUGUCAAAAUGGCAAACCCCCUAACAACAAAAACACAAAUUCGGAUAGUGGGAGCGAAGCGGAACCCCCCAUUUCCACUACUCUGGAGGUCAUCAGUGAGUCUCCAAGUGACCUCACCAGAGAGGUGGAGUCUUUUUUAUAA